AAUUCUCUCUCUCUCUCUCUUUUAGUUUUAGUGACCGGUGGCAUCGUGGCUGUUUCAGGCCAAUUCAAAAGAUGGGAGAUUGCGGUUUAUGCAAUAGUCGCAGGGGUGUUUGUUUGCUUCUUGGAGUAUCCCCGAGGGAAGAGGAAAAAGGGAUCCACUCUGGAGAGGUGUGGCCAGAAGUAUUUCACAGCGGCUGUGAAGAGCUGUGGACCCCUAACGAGGAAUUAUUAUGUCCGGGCCGUUCUCCACGCGUGCCUAGCAGUUCCUGCAGGAUAUUUGCUAGCCACCAUCCUUGGCACCGUUUGCCUGGCCAUAGCAAGUGGCAUCUACUUACUGGCUGCCAUACGAGGCGAAGAGUGGCGCCCCAUUGAAGCAAAGCCUCCAGAGCGACCCCAAGUGGGGGGCACCAUUAAGCACCCCCCCAGCAACCCACCGCCCCGACCCCCUGCAGAGGCCCGGAAGAAGCAAAAGGAGGAAGAGCCAACAGGCCAAGAAAACCCAAUUGAAGUGAUUUCUUAGGAGUCUCCCCCAUCAGAUAGACUGCAGUCGGAGAGGGAGGCACCACUUCCUUUUGACCCAGGCAUGGGAGACACCCUCCAGGACUGAAACUCAGGCCAGAUCUUUCCCAAGCAGGAGGAUGUGGCUCUACCUGAACUCCUGCAAGCCCCUCGGGUGGGAGGUGUCUUCGGUGGUCUUUCUCUUAUGUUUCCUCCCUCCCCCCUCCCCCCCCCCCUGGUGUGUCCC